AUUCUCACGAAGGGAUGUUCGGAUAUUACGUGCUCACCCACACUUUCUCCUCCUCCCCGAAUGAAAAGACCAUCCCAAGAAGCCAUUCUUGUUCUACCUCCGGUCUCUCGAAAGCUUUGAAAGAUCCCACCACUGGUAAUCCUGAGCCACCUGAAAUCGCCUGUCCCGUCUCGGUCUGCCCCCUGGUUUUUAAGGGGGAGAUGGGCGAUGGGUACCUCUGGAGGCAUCUCAAGCGCCCCGGGAUUCACGGGCGCACCGGUGAUGAGAAGGCUGCUUGGUUGAAUCUUCAUAAGAUAGAGCAUGACCGGCUCGUGGCUACACGCAGUAUCGCCCCCUCUUCCCGUAAACCCAACGCCGAGGGUGUGCUUACGAAUUAAUAUAGUUACGCGGGCACAGCGCAGGAGCCAGGCGAACAAAAACAAGGCGAAAGCGCAAAUGUCGAGGGCUGCUGAGCUUGAGCUACGUGCUAGAAACAUGGGGAUCACCGAGGAGACGCUGAUUGCCCAGAAGGUGAAGAUUUGGGAGGGGAUGUGUGCCGCCAAACGGAGUGGUGACAGUGUCGGGGUUAGUCUUCUUUGUUACUUUCCUUUCCGAAGGCUCUGGUAGGAGUGUUGCUUACUGAAACACGAAUUGACAAAAGUACGACGCCUGGGUGCUCUUGGAUUUCUAUACCAGCCCGUAGCAAAUUUUCCGGAAUCCGUGAGUGCUCGUAGUUCCAUGUCAUGGAUUCUACGAAUAAAGGAGUCAGUCCCUUUAUUUCCUGUUGACCA